GAAUAGUAGAAUUGGGGGGGUAAAAAGGAAGAGGGGAAUUGGAGAUGAGUAAUAGUUCGCUGUCGUCAUCGCCGGCGAGGUCAUCGAUAUCUACGACGGCGGUGGCUGGGAGUGCAAAUGCGGUGGUCGGAGGGUCAUCUCUAUCCGUCGAGGACUACCACUUUCCGGCGGAUCUCAUUUCAAUUCAGGACCGCAAAGACGAGGCCCUUCUUGUUCUGAAAGCUGACCUGAUGGCUGCUUUGAACAAAGAGGUUAAAUCCCUUGAUGAGGAUAGCUGGAUGUUUGAGGGACCCCGAUCUCGUAUUAAUCUUAUUUCAAGACCAGGUGGGCUUCUACAGAAGCGUUUUGGAAUUACGAAGCAUCAUAACUUGGCCCCGAAAAACUGAUUUGUAUAUCCUUAAUAAAGAAAUUACCAUGAGCCAGCGAGAGGUGACCGUCAAGUUUCUUGAACUGAUUCAUGCCUUCUAUAAUAGCUUGAGCUAGAGUACUGGCUUAAGAGGGACCAAGAUGCCUGGAUAUGCCGUUCUACUUGAAGUUUGUCAUGGUCUGCUCUGUAUCUGUUCUUGAUGUACUCUAAAUUUCUGCAACAGUAAACUUGCUAGUUUAGAGCAGCCAUUGGUGCUUUGUCCAGUGAUAGCUGCUUAGAAAGUGUCAACACUUUCUUGUUGAAUACAGCCAUUCAGUUGCUAAUAGGACUAGCUAGGAAUGUUGGAAAUAAACGCCUGGUGAAACUUUGAUACUUCUAUUAUCAAAUCUUGCUUCUUCAAAUAUUAUAGUCUCCCAGGCCUUGUUUUGAAGAUUCUGUUAAGAGUAGAGAACUCCAUGUUUUAGCU